AUGACUCUCAGGAUGAGGAUGUGGAAAAAGAUCUCCUUCUAUCUAAGCAAUACCCAAAAUGAGAGCAUUGAGAAAGCAGUGGAAGGUGGAGAUGCAAUACUUCCACCCCGUAUUUCUAAGAAGAAAAAAUUGAAGAUCAACAUUCAUAGACCAGUCGGAACAAGGGUUGUCUUCGAUGAUCAAGGGAAUACGCUGCCUCCACUAGCUAUGGUGGCAGGAGCAAACAACGAUGAUGAUUUGUCUUUGUUUGACAAAGGGAACAAGGUAGACAAGGUUCUUGACCAUCAACGUCGGAGGGAUAAGCGUAUUAAGGAGAAAAUGAAGUGGAAGAGAGUUGGGGACGAAGAAGAAGAAGGUAGUGAUGAGGAUAUUUUUGGGUCAGGAGGGGACGAAGGAACAAAUGGAAGGAAACCAAAAAGAUGGAAGAUCUACUUCAAUAGUGAUAGUGAUGAUGAUGGUGAAACUAGAGGAUAG